AUGUGGCAUCGACACGUCAUGUUUAUUUUGUUAACAAUCACCAACGCGGCGGACAUGGUCCGGCGUUCGGAGGAUGCCGAGGUGAUAAGGCGCCACAGGUCCGUCUGCAACACGAACUUUACCCACGACAGGGUGUUGCUGAAGCGCGUCACUAUGAUCUCCAAGUACAUAUUCAUCGGUAAAGUUUACGGAGUGAAAUCGAACGAUCGUAAUACGAUUUACGAAGUGAGCAUUCGUCGCGUCUUAAAGGGGGAUCUGAACGACGCGCGGAGUGUAAUUAGUUUUGGGACCGCUAAUUCGAUUCGAUUCGCGGAUGCGUCUGUUUUGGUUCAUGGUACGCUUGGGGGAAAGUGCCCGCUUUUGCGCGUUCGCAGUUACGCUAUUUUCCUCACCGAGAAGAAGCAUAAGGAAGGAAAUGUUCGUUUGAGUUUAGUGAUAGAACCAGUUUUGCUGACUUUAAGGAAUAUUGGGAUUGUAGAGGCCGCGAUUAAAGGUUUGUAUUUG